AUGGCCGAAACAAACGGCACCGAGCCGGUCAUCGAAGAAGAUCUUCUGAGGACUGCCAUGUACUGGGAGGAGAAUGGCGUUCUAGUGUUUCACGUUGAUGCGUACAACUUCGGGAAAUCACUUAAACCACUGCUGAAGAAUCAGUUGGACGUGCAUGAGCUCAUCAAAAUGAUGCGAUCAUACGAACUAUACAGAAGCGAUCCCCGCCGUGUGAUGAAUGCCCUUUACACCAAUCGAUACACGUAUAUUAUGAAACUGGUUGAGACGCGCGACUCGAGGCUGGAAUGGUUCAGGAAUUUUCAGGAGGUUCAGGCACUGGUUCAAAAGCAAAAGGCGGCCCAGGAUAAAGCCAGGACUGCUGAGCCCGGCUGGCAGGAGGCUAUGCGGGAUGCUGGCAUCUGGGAUGAUGACAAGGAGACAUUCUAG